AUGUCGACGCUCAUGAGAACGCUGCGCAACCUGCGCCGAGUUGGACUUAAGGAAUAUGGCCACCAAAUGGCGGACAAGUACGGCAACAAGUACUUUGAGAACUUGGAGGAGGAGCUUCCUCUCCGAACCCGCUGGGUCGACUACAAGGACCAUGAGUUCGAUCCGCACGCCUGGAUGUCAUACAUGGUCGACAAGUCACCAGCGGCAGACCCGCUUCUGCAGCGCCAGGUCCGCGUCUGGGAGCCAAAGGAGCACAGGCCGACUCUCACAUGGACCCGCUCGGGAUACAAGCCUUACAACACUGUCAAGCCCAAGUACUCUCCCUGGACACCCGUCGCCAAGGCUCGACAGUAG